AUGCUUAUAUCGAUUCCCCUACUGCAGUACCGCGAGAUCUAUGUGGCCGUGGUGGGUGGAGCCGUCAUCUGCUCCGUGCUGACCUUGUGCUGCGUGAAGUACGUGACCAUUCUCACCUCCAGCAUUGUGGGCACGGCCAUGAUCCUCAGCGCCAUCGACUUCUUCACGCACGGCCUGGAGACCAUCAAUUGGAUUAUCGGCAUGCGGCCGCAUACCUCGCCGCCACCUUGCUACGGUGGUCUCCUGAUCGCCGCCUGGCCCGUCACCAUCGUGCUCAGCAUCAUGGUGCAGUGCUUCAUUACCGCCUGGCGCGUGGAUCACCGCAAGCGGGUGUACAUGCGGCAUCACAACCAUCCCGGCCACGCCCACGGCGCCCAUCUGCCGCACAGCCAGCAGCAGGCGGGACCCAACCACGCCCUCGCUCCCGUCCGGCGAUCCCAAUCCCGCACCCGGGAGACGCGCGAGGAGGCCAGGCAGCGCAAGUUCCGCUAUCUGUACCAGGUGCGCACGGCCCGUGGUGACAUCAUAUCGCAGAACUUCGUGUCGGCUCUGCAGAAGCGCAUCCAGCUGAGCGGCACGGAGACGCCGUCGGAGAGAUCGAUCAAGAGCAGCUCGAACGAGCGGAACACGUUCCGGAGCGACCGCACGCACUUCACCACCAUCCACGAUCCGGACUCGGAGCUGUGCGACAAGAUCGAGAUCGUCCGUGACAUUGGAUAACAAACAAGCAAUAGCUACAUGUAACUAUACCCGUAGGGGGGCUACGGGCUGCGGUACUUGGGCGCUGAUGUGGCCAUGGUCGGGGGACACAACCGUAUGGUUGGAUAGUUGAACAGGAUUGGGGGCUCUAGGGAGCUCUAGGGGGCGGCGGAGGACUCACACAAGUACGGUUGCAUGUAGACUUUGUAGACGAGGCACCAAGUGCCGGACACACCACAAACGGAAGCGGAAAUGGUGGCACAGAACCGAGUGGGUGGUCAUUGGAAGCUUUAAAUAUCAGAGGAUAUACGACGGAUCUGGAGCUGGUUUCGCAUGGAAGCCUUGGAGCUCGUGCCAGCCGCAGAUCAGCGGGAC